UCGCCACGCAGAGCACCGCGCGCGGCCCUGCGCCUCGGCCCGGCCACCAGGUGCUGGUCCCCGCCUGCUGCCUGCGGCGCGGGUCCCACUGUCCAGCCACCAGCCACCGCCGCCGGUUCCUUAUCCUUCUCAGUCCGCAGUGAGGAUGAAGAACCCGAUGCUGGAGGCGGUGUCCCUAGUGCUGGAGAAGCUGCUCCUCAUCUCCAACUUCAAGCUCUUCAGUUCGGGCACCCCGGGUGAGAACAAGGCAAUGACCACUUACAGUGUAAACUCUUUCCUCCGCGGCGACGUGCUGGAGGUGCCCCGGACCAACUUCACACACUAUGGCAUCUACCUGGGCGACAACCGUGUCGCGCACAUGAUGCCGGACAUCCUGUUGGCCCUGACCGAUGACAAGGGGCUCACGCAGAAGGUGGUCUCUAACAAGCGUCUCGUCCUGGGCGUCAUUGUCAAGGUGGCCAGCAUCCGCGUGGACACGGUGGAGGAUUUUGCCUACGGUGCCGACAUCCUGGUCAAUCACCUGGACAAGUCCCUCAAGAAAAAGGCGCUGCUCAACGAAGAGGUGGCGCAGAGGGCGGAGAAGCUGCUGGGCACGACUUCCUACAGCCUACUGUGGAACAAUUGCGAGCACUUCGUGACCUACUGCAGGUUCGGCACCGCCAUCAGCCCCCAGUCGGACAAGUUUUGUGAGAAUGUGAAGAUAAUUAUUCGCGAUCAGAGAAGCGUUCUUGCUUCGGCAGUCUUGGGAUUGGCGUCUAUAGUCUGUCUGGGCAUGGCAUCAUAUACUACCCUUCCUGCAAUUUUUAUUCCAUUCUGCUUAUGGAUGGCUGGCUAACUUCAUGCCCCCUUGUCAGUGUGUAUUCGGUGUGUAGAUAUGUUCAUAUUUGUAGAGCACAAAUCAGUAUAUGCAUAGUCGAGAAAAAUGUGACCUGUAACACUGUGUUCCGGAUAAAAAUGUGAUUAAGAAUCACGCCAAGUGCUUACCAUGUAAGCCCAAGAACAAAAGGCUUUCUGAAUCUUCUCAGGCAGUUCCAUUUUAAAGCAUUGUGCAAAUCUUGGAAACGCAACAACUUCUGAUAGAAUGCGUCGUUACAAGAAAACCAGCCCCUAAGAUGAUGGCCACAGGAGAUUAUUUGUGUUAUUAUUAUUUUCUCUCCUGUAAUCAUUGCUCUUCUCUGUUACGCCUGAAUUUGAAGAUUGGAAAAUUUAUUGAAUAAGAUCACUAAGUUUAUUGUAAAUUUAUGUUGUUUCAUUGAAAAAUUUGUAUUAAACUCAAAGAAUUUCCCUUACUCAGAUGAAAACAUGUUUGAUGAUUGGCCAAAAAACAAAAUCACAAUUUUUUUUUCAUGUAUUAUGUAUAAUUUCCAGUAAGUCAAGAAUAAUUUCAUUACUUGAAACCAUAUUGGCAAAGUUAAGGUUUAAUGACAAAGUAGUUGACCAGAACUAUAGAAAUCUGUGUUUUAGCUAUUAGCGCUGCAGUAUUAUUUGAUUUGGCUUUACUUAAUAGGAGUCCUGGCAUUCUUUUUUUUUUCCCCCUUUUAUGUGUCACUGUAGUUCCUUUAAACCACUCUGAGAGGAAAAUGAAUAUAGGAUUGAAGUAAUCUGGGUACUUGGAGUGUGUAUGUGCCAGUUAAAUAUACAGAUAUCCACAUGCACUCAGGCUGAUGAAAGACAAGCUUCGUUCUUGAUGGCUUUCUUAUCAUACAAGUGUGGUUAGUGCAAAGCAUUGGUAGAGGUGAAUGUAAAGGCACGUUCCAUCCAUUCACUUAGGUUCUUGCACCACCGGUGUAACUUGCAUGUUUGUCAUUGGAUGAUUUAUCUUUUAAAGCACUUACUACUGCACCAUAGAAUUUCUAAAAGCCCUGAGAUUUGUUUUCUAGUCAGGCUUCUCCAUUUUCACUGCUAAGUCAGUACGGUUUACAUCCUUAAAAGAACGACGCUUCAGCAGUCUAUAAAACCCAAACAAGUGGGACCAAAGGAAAUAACUGUUAAGAAUAAUUUUUCAGUGUCUUAAUGCCACCAGGCAUGUAAGUUGAUUACACAGAGGCUGUUUUCAUAUCAGAGUUGUGAUGUAGCAGUGUUCAAGCCAGCGUGUAAGCGUGUUUGCAAAAUGACCAAAUUCUAAAAAUUAAAGCACAAGCUAGACCUGCAUUUCAAGUAUUAAAUGCUUUAUAAAGUAUCAAGAAUCACAAGAUAAUGAGUCACAUAAUGAGUAGUAUGAGGAGGGUGGAGUUGGUCACUCAGUAAUCCAAUCAGAAUGAAUUUAAGAGCAGAUGUUAGUGUAUCUGAUGCUUUAUCACCACUAAUUUACCUACCACGAAUGUAGUGAGAGUUUAAUAAUAAUUAACCUUUGUGUUUAAUCAUUUAAAUGUUUUAAAUAAUUAAAACAUAAAAUGGCAACACCACAGGAUAAAGUGUUCUAUGGGCCUAUUCCAGACAUUGAAAAUUAUUUUUAGUGUGUCUACGUUAGAAACAACCACUGUGAGACUCCACUGUAUUAGUGGUUUUUCACUUCCUGUAUAUUAUCCAUGUAGCAAUUGUUUAAAUAAAUUCAUUUAAAAAAAUGGUGUCCUCAUAAAUAUUUAACACCCUUUGGGGCAGACUUUGGUGUUGCAGGUAACAAAAACCACUGUCUGGUGUUAAAUUUGUGUUCAAAGAUCAUGAUCCCUCAUUAAAAGCCAAAGGAAGUACUUAAGGUUGGAGUGAACAUAGUUAGUCCUGACUCGCUUCAUAUCCUCAAAGCCAGAUUCAAUUCAUCCUUCAUUUGUGUGCUCAUUAUGUGCCAGACCCUGACCUGGUACAAUUUCAUGGUCUGCAGUUAAUAUCAAUUUUUAACGACCUAUAUUAGUGUAAAUGCAGUGCUAUGGGAACAGAGGCAGAAGAAAUGAACUCUUCCUGAAGGGCAGGAGAAGUCAGAGUGAAGGAGGCAGUGCUAGCGUUAGGCUGCGUGGUCUCAUUAAACGGAUGUGUUUCACUACGUGUGGGAAGAGGGAACCAGAAAGGAGGGGGUUUUUUUGAUUAAAUGUUCUCACGGCACUAGAAUUUGUUGACCUUCUUAGGAGGAAAGGAGAGUUUUCGUUUCGUUGUGCUCAGUGGGAUCAGUUGUUUAACAAGGUAGGAGAAGAAGCGUAUAUAGAGCCUUGAUCACGGUUAGAAAAGAAACCUUGAGCCGUGACUGCGUCUCUAAUGAAUCUCUCUGGGCUUCAUUUGUUAAGAUUCACACCAGUGGUCCUGCAAAUCCCUUAUAUUUCUAAAAUUCGAUUGUAACUUGUGAAGCGAUAAUCAAGUCGUGUCUGAUGCAGUUUUUGGUUGUUUAUUUUGUUCUUUGCUGUGCCUAGCUAAAGGCUGACUGGGACUCAUUGGGGCUAAGAUGAAAUGCCGCACGUGUCAGGUACUAUGCAGGCACUGGUAAUGAAAAGAUGAACGAGACAUGGACCUUUUUCUCAAAGUUUAUGGUCUCACAGACAUAAAAGUACUGUUAAGACUUUCUGCAGUUCAGCUGAUUAAAGGCACAGGAAAAAAAACCUGGUUGAUUUUCACUGAUAAGGCCAAAAUUAUAGGCACUGUGCUAAGACUUGAAAAAUGGGAGUGUUUUCUAAAAGGACAGAUUUGGGGCAGGACAUUCUGUGCCUUGGGGACAGCAUGAGCAAAUGCGUGAAAGUCGCCCCCACCACACCUUGGCACAUACGUGGGAGGUACUUCACUCUUCAGUGACUGAAAGCAUGAAACUGCAUGGGGCAUCCAGGCAAAUGCAAGUGGUUUCAGAGGGGAGAGCAUGGCCAGGCUGAUGAGGAGAGAUGCCGGAAAAGGAGAGCAGUGAUCAGGGGGUUCAAGGCUUGUGUAGAUCAAGAAGUUCGGAUUUUAUGAACAGGUAACGGAGAUUCAGGAUUCAGAGCGGUAAUUCUCAAGAGCAUGGAGGAAGGCUGUGGGUGGGGUGUGGUCAAGACAGAGCAAGGGGAUCUUAAGAGACUAGUUAUGGCCCUCAGUCUCUCAAACAAUGGACUGUAAUUGUAAGAAUGGAGAGCAAACUUGUCAAAGAAACAUCAGCAGACUUUAGCUAAAUACUUCUUUUUGACUCAUGAAUAACUCUUGCUGGAGUGUCAGAGAGGAGUUGUGUAUCCUUUCCUCCAGAAAGUUGGUUCCUGAAAAAUAAAUAAAUGUGGUGACCAUGUGGAUAUUGGAUGUUCUAGCUCUUUGUUCUGCUAGAUAAGUUUUUUCCCACAGGACAAGCCAAGAAGUAUGGAUUUCUUGUUUAAAAAAUUAUUUGUUUCAGAAUAUAGAUCUAUUUCAUAUUUUUCCAUUUUCUAUUUCAUACCUUGAUUGUCAAGUAUCAAAAAUGUUUACCAAUGAUAUCAAAGUUUGUGCCAAUGGCAAAAGUCUUAUUAUAGAUGAGAAAUAUCUAAGAAAUGAUGAUUGCUAAUCUUCUGUUUUAUAUGAUCUAUUUAGAGACUUAUCUAGAUCUGUCAGCUCAACUAAUUUUAUAUUUGAUAUACAUGCAUGUUCAAUAAAAUCAAUUUUGCAUACUGUU